AUCCCUUAUCUAACUCCUUCAAUCCCCUAUUCUCUUCUCUUCUCUCCUCUCAUUCUAAUUCUUUUUGUUGGAUCUUAUCCAUUUAAUUAGGUAGUUGAUCAGUUUUGGCAGCUUCAGUUUCAUCAAGAUUUCGAAAAUUAAUUUUCUUCGAGUGUCAUCUCUGUGAAAAAGCAAAUUAAAGAUGCAGGUGGAGAAGAAGAGAAACGUGUUGCAACUGUCAUCGUUGAACCACAUUUCUCUUGUCUGCAAAUCAGUGGAUGAAACCAAUUAUUUCUAUAUAAAUGUUCUUGGAUUUGUGCCUGUCAAGAGGCCUGCCGCUUUGAAUUUUCCAGGGGCAUGGCUGGUUGGUCAUGGGAUAGGAAUACAUCUACUACAAUCAGAAAUUCCAGAAAACUUGCCAAAGAAAACUGUGAUUAAUACCAAAGAUAGUCACAUUUCAUUCCAGUGUGAGAACAUGGGCAUGGUGGAGAAGAAGCUCGGAGAAAUGGGGAUUGAUUGGGUGCGGCAGAGAGUAGAAGAAGGUGGAAUCUACAUGGAUCAGUUGUUCUUCCACGAUCCAGAUGGAUUCAUGAUUGAAAUCUGCAACUGUGAAAGCAUCCCUAUCAUACCAUUGGACAGCAAGAUGCAUAUGAUAUGUCCACACCCACCACUGAAGCAGAUCAGGGUGCAGCCGCAGCAGAUCCGUGCCCUAGUGCCUAGGAUUGGGCCCAAAAUUUUGAGCGAGGGGGGCGAAAUUAUCAUUCCCAAUAAUUAACUACUCCAUAUCAUAAGCAAACUAAAUAUAUAAACAUCUAAUUAAGCCUAUUAUAUAAUACAAAAUUAUUUUAUGUUAUACGUACAAAUUUAUUUUUGUUUGAAAACUAU